GAAAAGUUCAGCUGUGGGCGUCAGAGGCGUCGAAACGGAUCACGUCUCGACCUUUUUUGCAAAAGGGAGUCCUCUCGACCGUCCCUAUCGGGCAAGUAUUCGUCCACCCAGGCUCAAACACACCCUCGCCAACCUAGCAUUCCCAUCGCGCCGACCUCACAGGAAAGAGCAGCUCUCAGCGCAGACGCAGUCAAGUUUAACCGUGUUCUCUCACGCUGUCUCGAUCUUUGCGAUCUUUGACUUUGCGUCCAGAUUCCAGUCUCCAGACUUUUCAUUCGUUUCUAGAGCAAAACGGCCUCUUUCCUUUGGUGUUCGCUUUUCAAAGUCCCCCAUCUAGAACCCCACUGCCAGCCUUAGGACAGAGACUGCGCCAGGGAUAAUCGUCUUUAUCGUCUGAAUAGCUGCCGACUCUGCUUUUCAACGUCGCUGCGCCGUACUCACACACUCUCCAGCUCACCAGAAAGCGCAGAGCGCGCCGACUGUUGUUCCUCUCUGAAUUUGUCUUUAAUUUCCGUCGCCUCGUUCUGCGAGCACCGUUGUUCCGCCUCUCCGGGACCCCUCUGCUUUUCUCCGCCUCUCGCCUCCCCGCUGCUUUUUCCGCUGCUUUUUCCUCGACUCACCUGCGCGUCUUCUUCCUCUGGAAAGUUGUAGCGUUGAAAUGCGGUUCUCUCCUCUUUUUUCAUCUCGUCUGCCUCAUCUUGCUUGCCGCUGCCGACGGUGCGUCCUCUUCCGCUUCGUUGCUGUCUCUCCGCGGUCUACUCUGCAGUGUCUCCGUCCCGGUGUCGCGUCGAGGCUUUUCUCCCACCGCAGAUGCGCAAGCGCAUCCUUUGUCCACUCUCGCAAAACGUCUGUGCACCAUCUUCUUUCAGAGAACGCUAGACCUGUCCUCUCUCUCUUCUGCUGACAGUCUCCCCUGCUUCCGUUUCCCCAGUUGGCUCUCGCGCUGUUUGCGGGUGUUUCCUUUCUCCAGCGUUUUAGUCGUCGUAGCUUUUCCGUCCUUCUUUCCUGGCGUUCUUUUCUCUCUCCCUCCUUCCUUCUCUUUCUCGCUAUCUCUCCUGCCUACCCUUCUGCUAGGUCUGAGAGCAACUGCAUGCGUUUCGGAGUCUCUUCGCCGCGAUGUGUCUCUCCGGCCGCAGCUUGAGCGCACUGACAAAUGCUUCACUCCUCCAAGGAAGCAGCUCCAGUCUUCCCGUCCUCCCUUAUGAGUCGCCCAACUCGCGCGAACGGUUGACGGAAGCUGCAAACAAACGCGAGAGACACGAUGGUCGCAGAUUCGAAGAAAUGCGUGCGAUGUGCAUGCAAACGCACUCCCUCGCAGCAGCCGCCGGAUCGGCCUUUGUUUCUGUCGGGAAGACCAAGCUGAACUGCGCCGUAUACGGCCCCCGUCCGAACAUGAAACAUGCGUCGCAGGAUCGCGGCAGCAUCAACCUCGAAUUCAGAUUUGCCCCCUUUGCAACGACGGGGAAAGACGCCUGCAGUGAACGAGACACUGCCCAUUUGACAACUUUACUUCAUCAAGCUCUCAACGCAGUUGUCCGCCUAGAUCUCUACGCGAAAUCGACGAUUGCGGUUUCGGUGCUUGUGCUCGAAGAUGAUGGAGGUCUUAUCUCGGCGGCGCUCACUUGUAUCGGUCUCGCUCUCGCCGAUGCAGGCAUUGAAAUGCUGGACGUCGUGACAGGCGCCUCGGCGUGUGUGUUCUCCGUUGGACACCCAGACAGCCCCCCUCGAACCUGCGUCCUCCUCGACCCGGACGCCGAGGAGCGCCGAGCCUUUGCAGACAAGAACUGCACGUUCGUCGACCUCGGCUACUGUCCGGCUUUAGCUUCUGUCUGCUUCAUUCACGCUUCGGGAACACUCCUCGCAACCGAGAGCGGCGAACAGAUGUUGCGUUUAUGCGAGGCAGCAUGUUACGCUGUGGCCGACGAGGUGCGAAGCUGCUUGCGGCGUUCCUUCUGUCUGCGGCAAGAAGAGAAAAGAGACCGGGAGACCCCACAGGCGCCUGUAAACCUCUCUCCUCCCUCCAGCUGAUUCAAAUGUUGCGGGAGACUCUCCCACUGUUUACAGUUCUUUUUGCGAGUUUUUAAAUCCCUUUUCAACGCUGAUGUGCCAGAAUCGAGGAGCAGUGCGCUCGAGGGCACCAUGGCUCAGAAAGGCCAUACUGGUUCCACUCAUUCGUCUAUGCAGUUGUAUCUGUAAAGUAAAAUAACUAUAUGGUCCACUUUUAAUUAUUGUAAAAGUGGAUGCAGUUACAUCAUAAAUUAAUACCUAUCUAUAUCUAUAUCUAUAUACAUCUGUAUAUAUAGGUAUAUAUAUGUGUACAUAUUUGAUUACUGUAUAGUCGUAUGUGUAGAUGAACACCUGUAUGCAGUCGUAGAUAUAUCGCGUUAAAGAGUCGUUUGUAGGCUUAACUGUAUGGAUAUGUGAAUGUAGCAAUGCAUUAGCUCGAGGAUGUCAUGCUCUUUGCUUCUCGAAGCGAGUUUCCGUCUUUGAGCGAAAGGUCCUGAUCGCAGUGAACUCUCAGCGCGACGCCGUUCCUGUUUCUCCAUUUUUUUGAACCAGAUGCAAGAGAUCUGAGGUUUAUUCGUAAACCAUUUUUCGUCGCUGCCGGCCGCCGGUGUCGCGGGAAAAGCAUUUUUUAGAAAACCGUGGAUUUAUUCGCACUGUGUGCACACCGGCGACAAGCACGCGAUGUAAACUACA